AUGUCGAUACCUCCAACCCAAAAAGCCCUCCUCAGCACUGCCAUAGGUUUUGCAGCCGUACGGACUGUUCCCGUCCCGCCCCUGAAACCGGGGCAACUACUCGUCAAGACAGUUGCCGUGGCGCUGAACCCGACCGACUGGAAGAGCUUGUAUGCACCGGACGGGAGUGCGGUGGGGACUCGACUGGGGAUUGAUUUUGCGGGUGUUGUUGUUGAUGUCAGGGAGUCUGAACCGGGACAAGCUGGGGAGGGGAAAAGAAAGUGGGAAAAGGGGGAAAGGGUUUGUGGUGCUGUUUGGGGAGGGAAAGACGACCGCGGCGCGUUCGGCGAAUAUGUCGUAACAGACGGCACCCUCCUCUUCGAGAUCCCCGCCCAUCUAUCCUUCGAGCAGGCCGCCACCCUGCCCGCCGGCAUCAUGACCUGCGGCCAGGGCCUGUACCGCAUCCUCGGACUCCCUCUACCGUCUGUCUCUGCCCCUCCAGCUCCCCCAGCCAACUCCGGAAAUGACAGACCGCAAGACAACAACCUCCCCGGCCCGUACAUCCUCAUCUACGGCGGCAGCACCGCCUCCGGCCUCCUGGGCAUCCAAUACGCCAAACUUUCCGGCUACACAGUCCUUACGACCUGCUCCCCGCACAACUUCGCCUAUCUCCGCUCCCUCGGCGCCGACGCCGUCUUCGACUACCAUCCCCCUUCCACCUCAGAAACAGACACACCGGAUUCCGACCCCAUCGCCACUCUAGCAGCGCACAUCAACCGCCUAACUUCCAACGCCCUCACCCACGCCUGGGACUGCCGCCCCACGCCCGACGCCUCCUCCUCUCGUCUCUGCGCCCUCGCGUUAAGCUCCACCCACCCGGGAACCUACGCCACGCUCCAACCGCGCAUUGCCACCAACGCCGUGGAACACAUCAACCCGCUGGUUACCGCGCGGUGUAGUAUUGCGUACACGGCGUUUGGCGAGGAGUUUGAGCGGUAUGGUCAGCGGUAUGGGGUUGACGAGGAGGAGGUGGAGUUUUUGGGGGGGUUUUUUAAGUUGGCUAGGGAGUUGUUGGAGAGUACGGAGAAAGACGGGGGACGGGGAUUGAGGCCGGCGAAGGCGGAGGUUAGGGGGGGCGGGUUGGAGGGGGUUGUUGGGGGGUUGGAGGAUUUGAGGGGGGCAAGGGUUAGUGGACGGAAGUUGGUUUAUCGGGUGGGAACAGAGUGA